AUGCCACCAAGACGACAAAGAGAACCCGACUCAGAUGACGAACUCAACACCAAUCGCCAACCAGGUUGGCGGACAGGUAGGCUGCACGCGCCGGAGCCCGAAUAUCAUCACGAUCCACGCCUGAGCCAACAGGAGAGGCAAUGGAUGGACACAACGAUCAAUGUGGAGAUAACCCUGAUCCGCAGAAUCAUGGACCUCUACGGCCAUGAUGUCUACCUAUCCGACUUCCUCCCAAGGGGCGUCCUUCCAUCCUACAGAUGUGUCCUGGAUCGAUCCAACCAACCUGAGGGAUAUUUCACGGCUUUCAUAGACCUCGUCUGCUGCGACAAGGCAUUCAACAGACACCCGGAGCUUGUGUCUUUAGCCGUCGAGUAUUCGGUACGCCAACGAUUUAUCAAAUUGGGGAUUCAACAACCAGACGAGAUGGCAGACCUGGAUACUCGAUGCCGUGCGGCACUUCAAAGGGGAGAGAGGGGAUGCGCAAAGAGUUCGUGUGUGACUGCUGCCGAUUUACAGGCAAUAAUCAAAGUCUGGGACAAGGUAGCAGCGAAAAAGAAUCUUCGAUCAAUGGCGGAAUAUAGGCGCCAAAUUGGGAUGAGUAUGACCGAACUGAGGAAUUAUAACCUUGGACAGUUUGUGGUGGUCGGUGUUGGGUUAACUAUCCACGACGCGAAGAAGAAUAAGGAAAGGGGGAUUAUACGAGAUAGAGGUAGAGAGCCAACUGCAGCAUCUAGACCCAACACCCCACAACCCCGAUCAAUUUCCCCAGGAUCAGCUCCAGGGCCAGUUACGCAACCUCGAUCAAACAGCCCGGAAAGAAGUCCACGAGUUCGAUCAAGUUCUCCAGAAUUGGGUCUACAACAUAGGCCGAACACCCCACAACCCCGAUCAACCAAUUCUCCAGAACCAUUCGAAGAAGUCCCACAUUCUUCACCUCAAGGACAAGAGCAAAUCGUCAUGCCAGCCAUGGAUGCUUGGGAGGAUUGGGAUGAGUUUGAACAAGAUCCAAUGGCUGAACUCAUCAAACUGAGACAAGACAAAUCCAAAGCAGAAGCAGAAAUUGUCAGUCUGAAUGAACAGAUCGAGGCUGUGGAAGCCAAACAUGAUAAAAACAUCAAUGAGAUCGAAGCUAAACUCGCCUCUGUGACUGCUGAAAAGGAUGUUUUCGAAAAAGAACUCGCAGACUGUCGACGUGAGAUCAAGAGCCUCCUCCCAGUGCCAAUUGGACCAAUCGAGAAGAGAAGAAAAAUUUCGCCAACCGCGGUUGACGUUCUGGCGUCGGACAAGUGGCAGACAACGAUCAACGAACAAGCGAAUCUCUUGAGGUUAUUCAUCCCAUUUGAUGGUUUAAGUGUAAGGUCUCUAAAUAUCAAUCUAAAUGACAUCUUCAAGCCAGGGUUAUCGUGGGCCAACUUUCAAAGGUACCACGAAAAGUACCCUGCGAACAGGAAACUGAACUUCAAAUGUCUUCGAUCCAUUCUCAAAAACGGCCCAAACGUUCCGGAUUGUGGGGUCGCAGAGUGUGAGACUUGCGGAUAUGAAUGUGUUCAGGUCAAGACGGAGGAUGGUGUGAUUUGGACGCGGAUAGUCAGGAGGAAUUUGGCUUAA